AUGUCUGCUCCUCAAGCCACGGCCGACAAAGCUCAGCUCAAGAUCCAGAAGCGAAAGCGCUUCGAGGACGUCUUCCCUCUCCUGGUCCAGGAGCUCACGGACUACCUCGCCUCGGAGAACAUGCCCGCUGAGGCCAUCGAGUGGUUCCGUCGCAACCUCGACUACAACACUCCAGGAGGCAAGCUCAACCGUGGUCUUUCGGUCGUCGACACGGUCGAGAUCCUUCUCUGCACAGAUGCCACCACCGGCAAGCUUAGCCGCCAGCUCACUGAACCCGAAUAUCUCAAGGCUGCUAUCCUCGGAUGGUGCAUCGAGCUCCUUCAGGCCUACUUUCUCGUUGCCGAUGACAUGAUGGAUGCAAGCGUCACUCGUCGAGGUCACCCUUGCUGGUACCGAGUCGAGGGUGUCGGCAACAUCGCUAUCAACGAUGCCUUCAUGCUCGAAGCCGCCAUCUACUUUUUGCUCAAGAAGCACUUCCGCAACGACCCCUACUACGGCAUGCUCCUCGAACUCUUCCACGACGUCACCUUCCAGACCGAGCUUGGUCAGCUCAUCGACCUCAUCACUGCCCCAGAAGAUUCCGUCGACCUGUCCAAGUUCUCGCUGCAGAAGCACCACCUCAUCGUUGUCUAUAAGACCGCCUUCUACUCGUUCUACCUUCCCGUUGCUCUUGCCAUGCGCAUGGCGGGCGUCACCGACGAGGCUCUCUACAAGCAGGCGCUCGACAUCUUGCUGCCCAUGGGCGAGUACUUCCAGGUCCAGGAUGACUUCCUCGACUGCUACGGCACUCCCGAGCAGAUUGGCAAGAUCGGCACCGACAUCUUUGACAACAAGUGCUCCUGGAACAUCAACGUCGCUCUCCAGAACGCCACACCCGAGCAGCGUCAGGUCCUCGACCAAAACUACGGCAAGAAGGACUCGGAAUGCGAGAAGCGCGUCAAGGACGUCUACAACCAGCCCAACAUUGACCUCCGAGGCCGCUUUGAAAAGUACGAGGCCGAGUCGUACGAGCAGAUCACCACCCUCAUCAACAACCUCCCUGAGUCGCAAGGCCUGCGUCGCGAGGUGUUCCACUCGUUCCUCGACAAGGUCUACAAGCGAUCCAAGUGA